AUGAAGUUUUCUAGUUCUAUAGUAUUUACAGCGCUUGCAUUCCUAUCCCUCACGGCUGCUUCAGAUGAAGAAAAAAAAGCCCUGGGUGCAAUGCAAUUGGAUAUCUACGUGGACUACGUCUUGGAAGACCAACCCACCGUCGGCGCCGAUGAACUUGCCAGUUUCCUCAACGGAGAAACUGCAGUUUUAAAGUACCUGAUGGCCAGUAGAGACGAAAACAAUGUAACAGUAGUUGGGGCUGGAGGAACCUUGAGACAUCCUACCACCCAUGAGAUUUUAUACAACUUGACUGCUGAGGCACUCGAUCCCAUGAUCUCCAUCAAGCCCAACCUGAGCUACGAAUUCCAAAAGUCUUUCGAAGUCGAUUUUGAGCCUGCAAAUUAUAUUUUGGCUCCCGAGAUAUACAUCGUAGUUGCAGGCGUAAUCAAAUCCGUGCCAAUUAGGAAUCAAAGGUUAAUUAUCACCAACGUGCCACUCUCUUUGUUUGACCCACAGCUCGUCUUUUUGGUUGCAGUGUUAGUUGCAAUUUUAGGUGCGUCAACCUGGUUUGUAUAUAACCAAUUUGGAACUUCGCCUGCGGCAAGGCUCAAACACAGUAAGGAAAGGAGAUCCAGUGCUGUAGCACCAGGUAAGUUUGAUUCUGAUUGGAUCCCUGAGGAACACUUGAAAAAAGCCAAAAGAACUAAAAAGGCCAAUUAG